AUGGAGCGGAAAUGUAAAAUAGCAUUAGGGAGGAGGGACAUAGUUGUUGCUUGGAGAGGAACAAUUCAAGGUUCAGAGUGGGUUAGCAAUUUUCAUUUAGAUUUGGAUCCUGCUCCACUAAUAUUUGGUAGUGAAUCUCAUGCACAAUUACACAAUGGUAUUUACUCCCUUUAUACUUCAGAAAAUGUGAAUUUACAAAGUGCCAGAAAUCAGGUUCUAAACGAGAUUAGGAGACUUGUGGAGCUAUAUAAGGAUGAAGAAAUUAGCAUAACAAUAACUGGACACAGCUUAGGAGCUGCACUUGCAACCAUAAAUGCUGUGGACAUAGUUGCUAAUAAAUUCAACAUGCCUAAAGAUCAACCUCAAAAAGCAUGUCCUGUCACAACCUUUGCAUUUGCUUCACCUCGUGUUGGAAACUCAAGUUUUGCAAAGAUUUUCUCUGACUACAAAGACUUGAGAGCUUUGGUUAUUCGAAAUGAAAUCGAUGUUGUCCCGAAAAGUCUCUUACUUGUCUAUUAUGCAGAGGGAGAAGAAUUGUUAAUCGACACAAGGAAAUCUAAGUACUUGAAAAGUGGGGUUAGUGCACAUAAUAUGAAAUUUUUAUCAACAUACCACUCUUUUACUAAUUAA